GUGGAGAGGCUGGCGGCAAUGCGUUCUGACUCGCUGGUCCCGGGCACGCACACCCCGCCUAUCCGGAGGAGGAGUAAGUUUGCCAACCUGGGAAGGAUUUUCAAGCCUUGGAAAUGGAGGAAGAAGAAAAGUGAAAAGUUCAAGCACACAUCAGCAGCUCUGGAAAGGAAGAUAUCGAUGAGGCAGAGCAGAGAGGAGCUGAUCAAACGAGGGGUCUUGAAGGAAAUCUAUGAUAAAGAUGGAGAGCUCUCCAUUUCAAAUGAAGAUGACUCCCUGGAGAAUGGACAGUCCCUGAGUUCCAGCCAACUGUCUUUGCCUGCCCUGUCUGAAAUGGAGCCUGUACCAAUGCCCAGGGACCCUUGCUCGUUUGAGGUGCUCCAAGCUUCAGAUAUCAUGGAUGGACCAGUGUCUCAAGAGAGUCCCUCUGCCAGUGAGUCUGGAGUCCUCCUGUCCCAAGAUCCUUCAGCCAAACCAGUUCUGUUCCUGCCCCCCAAAAAACCUGCUGCUUUCUCUGGAGACCAUGAGGAGACCCCAGUGAAGCAGUUAUCCCUUCUCAAGCAGCCCCCGGCCCUGCCUCCCAAACCCACUGCCCGGAUUGCCAACCAUUUAACAGAUCCUGGCGCCCCUGUGAAAUUGCCUUGUCUGCCAGUGAAACUGUCGCCUCCGCUACCUCCAAAGAAAGUCCUGAUCUGUAUGCCGGUCGGGGGGCCAGAGCUCUCCCUGGCAUCCUACGCGGCCCAGAAGAGCAGCCAGCAGCACCACCACACUGUCCUGCCACCCCAGAUGCAGCACCAGCUGCAGUAUGGCAGCCAUGGCCAGCACCUCCCGCCCUCCACCGGCACCUUGCCCAUGCACCCCUCUAGCUGCAGGGUGAUUGAUGAGCUCAACAAGACACUUGCUAUGACCAUGCAGAGGCUGGAAAGCUCUGAGCAGAGAGUCCCCUGUUCCACUUCUUACCACAGCUCUGGUUUGCACUCAAGUGACGGUGUCACAAAAGCAGGACCCAUGGGCCUUCCGGAAAUAAGACAAGUGCCAACUGUUGUGAUUGAAUGUGAUGACAAUAAAGAAAAUGUGCCUCAUGAAUCCGACUAUGAAGACUCAUCCUGCCUGUAUGCUCGCGAGGAGGAGGAAGAGGAGGACGACGAGGAGGACGACACAUCGCUGUACACCAGCUCUCUGGCUAUGAAGGUCUGCAGGAAAGACUCCUUAGCCAUCAAACUCAGCAACAGGCCCUCAAAGCGAGAGCUAGAAGAGAAGAACAUCCUUCCCAGACAAACAGAUGAGGAACGGCUGGAGCUCAGACAGCAGAUCGGCACCAAGCUCACCAGGCGGCUGAGCCAGCGACCCACCGCAGAGGAACUGGAGCAGCGGAACAUUCUGAAACCUCGGAAUGAACAAGAAGAGCAGGAGGAGAAGCGUGAAAUUAAAAGGAGGCUGACUCGAAAGCUCAGUCAAAGGCCCACGGUGGAAGAACUUCGAGAGAGGAAGAUCCUCAUCCGGUUCAGUGACUAUGUGGAGGUGGCAGAUGCCCAGGACUAUGACCGUAGAGCAGACAAGCCGUGGACCCGCCUCACAGCUGCUGACAAAGCUGCAAUCCGGAAGGAACUCAAUGAGUUUAAGAGCACUGAAAUGGAAGUCCAUGAAUUAAGUAGACACUUGACCAGGUUUCAUCGACCUUAACCAUGGGAUUACCCUUGAGUGCUCUGCUGUCUUCAAAACAUAAAUUUAUGAGAACCAUAAGUGCUGGCAUUUGUCCACUUCCCCAUUAUGAUGUAAAAAUCUGAACUGCCUUUUUUAAAAAAAAAACAAAAAAAGAAAGAAAAAGAAAAGAAAAAGGAAGAAGAAACAAAGAAACACAAUCAGGAUUCUAUGUGCAGGAACACCAUGGUGACCACUUCUGCUACAGAAAGGUGUCCCUGCCCCCAGCAGGGCUCUACCUGAACACAGUCCAGAGAUUGCCUCAUUGGCCAGCAGGCACCACAUUGGUUCAGUCUUCAGUGAACCCCUUCCUCACAGGGGACUAAUGCCCCCCGAGUCCAAAGAAGCCAAGGGCAGUGGGUUUGGCAUGGGAGUGGCUGGGUGAAAAUCAUAAUCCAGCUGCCCUAGACUGUCAGACACACGGGCUCCAGAUGGGGGAUUCACUUUGGGGGCCCUUGAGAGGAGGAUUCUGGAAAGGAGGAAGACCUCUCAGUUGGCACUCUCCCCGCCCCUGCCCCACGCCACACACACACACUUUCUCUUCAGCCUCAUCCUGGGGGAGCCUGUGCUGGCACUUUGAUCCUCAGCAUGUGUGCUGAGGGCAGAGGAGGCCGAAACUGAGCAUCUACGUUGACCCCCAGCCCGAACUGAACUGCCCUCCAGAAAAGUGAGGAAUAAUGGCUGCCUGUUCAGCUCACAUUCAUUGACCAGCUUAUGUUUGGGAAGCCCAGGGCCAUGAGUUAUCCACACAUAAAUGCUGUUGCUAAGGU